CAAUAAAUUCUCAAAUCUCUCCUCUUCACAGUUCAGGAUGCUUCCUGUUGACUGGGGUUAUAAGUACCCCUCAGCAGCUGCUUUUGCAGCAUUUUAGGGGGAAAAAAGAAAAGAAAAAAGCAGAAUAAAGAAAAACAUCAGAAAAGAGACAGAUGCGGACCAUACUUCUCGUGUGCAUCGUCCUUUUGCUUCCCAUCUAUCUGUUGCACAGAUGUGAUGCUGAAACGGAAAUCUGCCCGCCGGGAUGGAUGACCUCCAGGGGAGCGUGCUAUUCAAUCUUCUGCGAGAAGCGGACGUGGGCAGAGGCAGAGAAAGACUGCCGUAACCACGGUACGCGUGCCCACCUGGCCUCCAUUCUUGAUGAAAAAGAAACAACGGUCGUGUCCAACUACAUUGUCUCGUUGCUAAUUAAAAACUUGGGACCCGUUUGGAUCGGAAUGUUUUACAAGGGAAAGAACUCGCCCCAGGGAGAUUGGUGGUGGAUGGACGCCUACAAAGUUUUUUACUACAACUGGGCCCAAGGGUCACCUGAAGUGUCGGAAAACAGGAAGUACUGCGUCUACUUAAUGGGAAACGGUGAGGCGUCUCCUAUAAGGAGGACAGCCCAGCCAGUUCAGGAAGUCCUCGGCUUUCGACCACAGCUGAGCCCAAAAUUUCCGUCGCUAAGCGAGACAGCGAUUCAGCGAGCUUGGCCCCAUUUUACGACUUUUCCAGCCACGGUUGUUAAGCGAGUAACUGCAGUUAAGUUAGUCACACGGUUGUUAAGUGAAUCCAGCUUCCCCCAUUGACUUUGUCAGAGAAUCGCAAAAGAGGAUCAUGUGACCCCCCGGGAUGCUGUGACCGUUGUAAAUGUGGAGUUUGCAACUAAAUGAGCAGUUGUGAGUGUAACUGUUACCUCUAGUUCAGCGGUUCCCAACCUAUGGGUCACGACCCCAUUUGGGGUCGAUCGACCAUUUUAUGGGAGUCGUGAAACAACAUUUUUCCCCCCCCAGGGGGCGGCACCACGGCGCAUUCGUGUGACGCGGUCGCCGUCACACGAAGAUUGAGAAUCGCUGCUCUAGUUGGUCUGAUUUGGCUAUCCUUACAGAAGCCAAAUAUAUACAAAUAUCACAAAGUGUUGUAUCUUAUGAUUUACGAUGAAAAUAUUUUUAUGAUGAUUACAAUCAUGAUUUAUCUCUUGUUGCUUGUCUGUACAGUGCGAGCUUCUGCACCAGAGACAAAUUCCUUGCACGUCCAAUCACACUUGGCCAAUAAAGGAUUCUGUUUCUGUGUGUUUCUAAUUCUGUUUC